UAUAAGAAACCAGUGGUAACCCUUCCGCCCCCGCCUCCCACGCCAUCACCAACACAGCCAAUGAGUGAAUGUCCCGUCUGUCCCGAAGGCCCUCCGGGUCCUCCUGGUCAAACUGGCGUAGGUGUGCCAGGAAUUGCAGGAGAACCAGGACUGCGAGGAGAAAAGGGCGACACAGGAAUGGAUGGCCAGAAGGGAGAAAAGGGAGAGCAAGGCAUACAGGGGGUGACGGGAUUGACGGGUCCUCCUGGAAGUGAUGGAACGCCUGGCGCUGAUGGCGAAGGAUUUGGGAUUCCCGGGGAAAGAGGAGAACCGGGCAGUUCUGGACCUAUUGGACCUCCGGGUAUACCAGGAAGAGAUGGUGAACCGGGACCCGUUGGCCCACCCGGACCUCAAGGACCGACAAUUACGGGAAAAAUUGGAGUAAAAGGAGAGACAGGAGAUAAAGGAGAGCCCGGGGUUAAGGGUCCGAACGGUCAGAAGGGAGAUAAAGGAGAGAAGGGACCCCAAGGUUUACCCGGUUUGCCGGGUGCUCAAGGGUUACCGGGUAUUAAUGGCAUCCCAGGAGUAAAAGGUGACUCCGGGGCACAGGGCCCGCCCGGACAG